CUUUUGUCUGACAGGGAAAAUAGCUUGUUGACCGAGCAUCUCCUUGGCAACCUGAGUAGGGUACUGCAAGUUCCAUGAUACUUAGCGGCGUGUUUCCGGAAGUAAUAAGCCUCCAUUGGGUCAACGAAAGCGUUACGCAGCCAUCGGCAUUAACACGCAGAAGAUACAGCCAUGCCGCCCGGGCCUGUUCAAAUAGUCCAGCCGGAGCCCAACAACAAGAAUGAUGCAGUGGUGGAAGAAACCCCUGCCACCAAACCCAUCGUUGGUAUCAUAUAUCCGCCUCCUGAGGUCCGAAACAUUGUUGACAAGACAGCCAGCUUUGUUGCCAGAAAUGGACCAGAGUUUGAAGCAAGAAUUCGUCAGAAUGAGAUCAACAAUCCAAAGUUUAAUUUCCUCAACCCCAAUGACCCCUAUCAUGCCUACUACCGUCACAAGGUCAAUGAAUUUAAGGAGGGUAAAGCACAAGAGCCGUCUGCAGCAGUGCCAAAGGUUAUGCAGCAGGCCAUGCAACAGUCCCAGCAGCUUCCUCAAAAAGUGCAGUCACAGGUGAUCCAAGAGACCAUUGUCCCCAAAGAGCCCCCUCCAGAAUUUGAGUUCAUUGCAGAUCCUCCAUCAAUCUCAGCAUUUGAUCUGGAUGUUGUGAAGCUCACUGCCCAAUUUGUGGCUCGCAAUGGCCGCCAGUUUCUCACACAGCUCAUGCAGAAGGAGCAGAGAAACUACCAGUUUGACUUUCUGCGGCCACAGCACAGCCUUUUCAACUACUUCACCAAAUUGGUUGAGCAGUACACUAAGAUUCUGAUCCCUCCAAAAGGACUGCUGAACAAGCUGAAGAAGGAAGCAGAGAAUCCAAGAGAGGUUAUGGACCAGGUGAGGUACCGUGUUGAGUGGGCAAAGUUUCAGGAGCGUGAGCGAAAAAAGGAGGAGGAGGAAAGAGAGAAGGAACGGGUGGCCUAUGCACAAAUUGACUGGCAUGACUUUGUGGUGGUUGAAACGGUGGACUUCCAGCCAAACGAACAAGGACACUUCCCACCACCCACCACACCUGAGGAGCUGGGCGCUCGCAUCCUGAUCCAGGAGCGCUAUGAGAAGUAUGGAGAGAGUGAGGAGGUAGAGAUGGAGGUUGAGAGUGAGGAUGAAGAUGACGAACGAGAGAACCGCAAAGAUGGCCAGCCAUCACAGCCUGAUCAAGACACACAAGUGCAGGACAUGGAUGAGGGAUCUGAUGAAGAGGAAGAUGGCGUGAAGGCUCCACUGCCACCAGACAACCCAAUGCCACCCCCACUGCCACCAACUCCAGACCAGGUUAUCAUUCGCAAAGACUACGAUCCAAAAGCUUCCAAACCUCAGCCCUCAAUCUCAGUUCCGGAUGAGUACCUCAUCUCGCCAAUCACUGGUGAGAAGAUCCCGGCUAGUAAGAUGCAGGAGCACAUGCGUAUCGGUCUUCUGGAUCCACGCUGGCUGGAGCAAAGAGACCGCAGCAUCAGAGAGCGACAGACUGAAGAUGAAGUCUACGCUCCUGGUUUGGACAUCGAGAGCAGUUUGAAACAGCUGGCUGAGAGGCGUACUGAUAUCUUUGGUGUAGAAGAGACAGCCAUCGGUAAGAAGAUUGGUGAAGAAGAGAUCCAGAAGCCAGAGGAGAAGGUUACCUGGGAUGGCCACUCAGGAAGCAUGGCUCGUACUCAACAGGCAGCACAGGCCAACAUCACCCUGCAGGAGCAGAUUGAAGCCAUUCACAAGGCCAAAGGACUGGUGGGAGAGGAUGAUACUAAGGAGAAAAUUGGCCCCAGCAAGCCCAGUGAGAUUCAUCACCCACCUCCCAUUCCUUCAUCUGCACCCAGUUUACCCAAACCCAGUCCUCCAGUCACUGCAGUGCCACGCCCACCUGCCUCUGUGGCACCUCCAGUACGCACUACUCUCUUGUCUGCAGUACCUGUAAUUCCAAGACCACCUGUGGCUCCUGUGGUGCGCCUAGCACCAGGACAAGUUAUAACACAGAUGCCGCCCAUGAUUCCUGCUCCUCGUAUCAAUGUGGUCCCCAUGCCGCCAUCAGCACCUCACAUUAUGGCACCCAGACCCCCUCCUAUGGUUGUCCCAGCUGCAUUUGUCCCUGCUCCUCCUGUGCCACAACCCCCAAGUGCUGCUCCCCCACCACCAGUCCACCCACCACCACCUCACGAGGAUGAGCCAGUCAGCAAAAAGAUGAAGACAGAGGACAACCUUAUUCCAGAGGAGGAGUUCCUUCGUAGAAAUAAGGGCCCGGUGGCAGUUAAGGUCCAGGUCCCCAACAUGCAGGACAAGACCGAAUGGAAGCUGAAUGGCCAAGUCUUGAAUUUUACCGUCCCACUCACAGAUCAGGUGUCUGUUAUUAAAGUCAAAAUCCAUGAAGCUACGGGCAUGCCAGCUGGAAAACAGAAGCUGCAGUAUGAGGGUAUUUUCAUCAAGGACUCCAAUUCCCUGGCUUAUUACAAUAUGAGUAAUGGCUCCAUUAUUCACUUGGCACUGAAGGAGAGAGGUGGAAGAAAGAAGUAAGCCAUGCAGCAAAAGAAAAAGACUCAACUUGUCAAUAAUUUGUCACUUUCUGCUGUUGUGUUACUUUGCUUAAAUGAUGUUUCCAUUUCUGUAUUGUUCAUUUGUUACAAACUUAAAUUCUACUAAGUGAGCCCAAGGAAUUAUGCUGUACAUUGGCUGACAGACAUAGCUUGAUGAUGUGUGUUCAGCUUUUGAUUUCUUAAUGACAAUAUACAGUCAUUGGAAAUGUUAAGAAUUUGUAGUUAUCUAGUUAAAUAAAGGAAGAAAAAAUAAUGAGA